AUGGAAAACUAUAAUCAAACAUCAACUGAUUUCAUCUUAUUGGGGUUGUUUCCCCCUUCAAGAAUUGGCCUGUUUCUUUUUAUUCUCAUUGUUCUCAUUUUCCUAAUGGCUCUAUUUGGCAACCUCUCCAUGAUCCUUCUCAUCUUUUUGGACAUCCAUCUUCACAAACCCAUGUAUUUUUUACUUAGUCAGCUAUCCCUAAUUGACCUAAAUUACAUCUCAACCAUUGUCCCCAAAAUGGCCUACAAUUUUCUGUUUGGAAACAAAUCUAUUUCUUUUAUUGGAUGUGGGGUUCAGAGCUUCUUCUUCUUGACUUUAGCAGGUGCAGAAACAUUGCUCUUGGCCUGUAUGGCUUAUGAUCGUUAUGUGGCCAUUUGCUUUCCUCUUCACUACCCCAUCAGAAUCAGCAGAAGAGUGUGCGUGUUGAUGAUAACGGCAUCUUGGAUAAUGGGCUCUAUCAACUCCUGUGCACAUACCACAUAUGCCCUGCAUAUCCAUUAUUGCCGAUCCAGAGCAAUCAAUCAUUUCUUCUGUGAUGUCCCAGCCAUGCUGACUCUAGCCUGCAUGGACACCUGGAUCUAUGAAUACACAGUGUUCGUCAGUACUAUCCUCUUCCUUUUGUUGCCUUUCAUUGGUAUUGCAUGUUCCUAUGGCCGUGUUCUGCUUGCUGUCUAUCACAUGAACUCAGCAGAAGGGAAGAAGAAGGCCUAUUCGACCUGCAGCACCCACCUUGCUGUGGUGACUUUCUACUAUGUUCCCUUUGUUUACACUUAUCUACGCCCAAGAGAUCUCAGAUCUCCAACAGAGGACAAAACUCUGGCUGUCUUCUACACCAUUCUGACUCCAAUGCUUAAUCCUGUUAUCUAUAGCCUGAAAAACAAAGAGGUAAUGGGGGCACUAAAAAGAGUAAUUCAGAGAAUCUUCUCUGUGAAAGUGUAG